CCUCACUAGGUCGCUCGCCACCAUGGCGACUAUCGACAUCGAUCCCGUCGGCGACCUCGUCAUUGAGAUUGAGGAUGAGCGCCUCCGAAUCUCGUCCAAAGUCCUCUCUCUAGCCUCCCCGGUGUUCGGGGCAAUGCUCAGCUCAGGCUUCAAAGAAGGAUCCUUGCAGACCGUAGAGGACAAUCCUCGCAUCAUCCCUUUGCCGGAGGACGAUCUUGAAGCUUUCAAGCUUAUCUGUAAAAUCAUCCAUUUCCAGCUCGAUCAGAUUCCACAAGAGCUGAAAAUCGACUCACUGGAGAACCUGGCCUUGGUCUGUGACAAAUAUCAAUGCACCGUCGCCAUGAGGCACUGUGCGGCAUUAUGGCUGCAGAGGAUUUCAGACACUUAUCUCGCUGCUGAGCUGAAUAGACAACUGCUGGUGGCGUACCUCUUGGACCUGCCCACCGCAUUUUCAGAUAUCUCGUGGAGGUUGAUGCAGGCACAGGCAGGGCCCUUUGAAACAUUACCUGGUCUAACGGACCACCCUACUGUUCCAUGCUCUCUAUUAGGUUGGUAG